AUGCGCUUUCGAACAGAGCUGAAAAACAUUCGCACAUUUGCUAAGCUUAUAGCGGCACUUGGCUCACUCGAGAAGAUCGCCUGGUUGCGUUUGAGCGAUGAUAACGCACGAUUCACAGUCAUCCCAGAUAUGGGAUCUCAAGUCUGGGCGCAAGUUUCACUUGCCAUGGAUUUCAUCUUUGAUGGCUACCACAUCCAAUCUGCGGAGGCAGGAAACACCAUUAACCUAGAGCUUCCCCUCCAACCUCUUCAACGCGCCCUCAAGUCCGCACUGAACAGCAUGUCUGCUUCCUUGCGUCUCACAAAGAAGGAUGGUCUGCCGGUGCUUUCUAUGACAAUAACGACUACUACCUCAACUGCAAACCCACCUGGAGCUGCGAAACCAUCAGGGACGGCCGGUGGUGAUGAUCCCUUUGAUGAUGACGAAAUGUUUCCGCCUGAGAACCUUGAGACUUCGUUACGGCGAGAGCACGAGAAGAUUAUCACCCAGGACAUUCCAGUUCGUGUUCUCCACCCAGAGACAGUCGAAACUAUCAUGCAGCCCAGAGUGCGUGAACCAGAUGUCCACAUUCAACUACCCCCUCUCCUUCAACUUAAAGCCAUCUCUGACCGCUUCACCAAGCUUGCCAUGGCUUCUAACUCUGGCUCUUCCGCAAACGCCAAAUCUCCCAAACUUGAGCUUAGUGCCAACAUGCACGGCGGUCUGCGAUUAAGAAUUGCCACUGAAAAUACAGACAUUUGCAGCGUAUGGUCCAACCUUGAGAAUCCAGAGCUAGACCCUGCACAGCUUGACUGCCCUGUCGAGGAACAUCCAAGUACGAAAUUCCGUGAAGACGGCCCCGAACGGUGGGCGACUGUUCGUGUGGAUGGCAAGGACUGGAGUCGUGUCCUGAGCGUUGGCCGUUUAGAAGGCAGGGUCAUUGCCUGUUUCGCUGAUGACCAUGCUCUAAUUCUUUAUGUAUAUGUGCCUCACUACGAUGAUGCCACAGCUGAUGAUUCUGUCGUAACGUAUUAUGUACAGUCAUAUAGUGUAUAA